AUGGCAAGUUCAGGCGGUUAUGGAGAUACAAACCAGAGGAUAGACUACGUCUUCAAGGUGGUUCUGAUCGGUGAUUCCGCCGUGGGGAAAUCGCAGAUACUAGCUAGAUUUUCUAGGAACGAGUUCAGCUUGGACUCCAAGUCCACCAUCGGAGUUGAAUUUCAGACGAGGACUCUGGUCAUCGAUCACAAGACCGUUAAGGCUCAGAUCUGGGAUACCGCUGGUCAAGAACGAUAUAGAGCAGUUACAAGUGCAUACUACAGGGGUGCUGUAGGAGCAAUGUUGGUUUACGACAUCACAAAGCGUCAGACCUUUGAUCACAUACCCCGUUGGUUAGAAGAACUUCGUAAUCAUGCUGAUAAGAAUAUAGUCAUUAUUCUAGUAGGGAACAAGAGUGAUCUUGAGAACCAGCGCGAAGUUCCAACAGAGGAUGCCAAAGAGUUUGCUGAGAAAGAAGGGUUGUUCUUCUUAGAGACCUCUGCAUUGCAAGCAACUAAUGUUGAAGCAUCCUUCUUGACAGUUUUGACAGAAAUAUACAACAUUCUCAACAAGAAAAACCUGGCUGCUGAUGAAAGUCAGGGAAAUGGGAACUCGGCUUCUUUAUUGGGCCAGAAAAUUGUUAUUCCAGGUCCUGGUCAGGAGGUCCCUGCUAAGAGUAGUAUGUGUUGUCAGUCUUGA